CAAACAGACAUACACAACCCCUGUCUUUGACCACGCUGAUAAAAUACCCACGUACCAACCUCCCUCCCAACCUUCCGAUCACAAUGCCAGAGCCCACCGUCAUCUACACACACGGACACCACGAAUCCGUCCUCCGCUCCCACACCUGGCGCACCGCCCAAAACUCCGCCUCCUACCUCCUCCCACACAUCAAACCCAACAUGCACAUCCUCGACAUAGGCUGCGGCCCAGGCACCAUCACCCUUGAUUUCGCCACCCUCGUCGGGCCAAACGGACACAUCACAGGCCUCGAGCCUUCCCCAGGUGCUGUUCUCACUCAAGCUCGCGAUACAGCCCAAAGCCGGGGGAUAACGAACGUGGAGUUUAAAAUCGGGGAUAUCUUUGAACUACAAGAGAUCUUCAGAGAUGCGAACAGGAAAUUCGAUAUCGUGCAUGUCCAUCAGGUAUUACAGCACAUCGACAGGGAGAGGGUAUCAGAGGCUUUGAUGCAGAUGAGGGCUGUUACGAAGCCUGGGGGAAUAGUUGCUGUUCGGGAGACGGAUUUUGCUGCUAUGACUUGGUUUCCUGUUUCCGGGGGGAUGACGGAGUGGGUGGAUACGUAUCAGGUUGUGGCGCGUGCUAAUGGGGGGGAACCGAAUGCGGGGAGGAGGUUGGUGAGAUGGGCGUUGGGGGCGGGGUUUGCGAGAGAUAAGAUUACAAGCUCGGCGGGGACAUGGUGUUUUAGUACCCCUGAAGAGCGGGCGUGGUGGAGUAAGUUGUGGGCUGAUCGGACGGUCUCCUCGAAUUUCAAGACCACGGCACUCAAAAGUGGGCUUGCGGAUGAAGAGAAGCUGAGUAGAAUUGCGGAAUCGUGGACGGAAUGGGGCAAAUCAGAGGAUGGCUGGUUCGCAGUCCUAAACGGCGAAAUCAUCUGUCGCGUCGACUGACAAGCAGAACAUACAUGGAUAUGAUUAUUAUUAUCAC